GUCAUUCCGUUAUUUCAAGGUGUACCGGAAUUCGUCCGAUAAAGAAAGUUCAAUUUUGAUACAAAAAACGAGUGAAAUAGAAAUCCUAAAAUGACUUACAGGAGUCACGUUGUAGCCCCCUCCAGGGCAUUCGAUCACAUUUACGAUCCGCUGUACGUCGCCUCGGAUCUGAAGGAUGUUUGCAAAGCCAAUGUUGACGCGCUGAGUCGUUCGGCCCCGAUUGGCAUCUUUCCGGUGUACCAAAGCAUGUUCAGUGAGCUGCCCCGGCUAACUCGGAACCAUUACGUGAUGCAUCGGAAUCCGCUACCGUACUAUCCGGAAGCGCUGGGUGGAGGUCCUCCGGUUGAUAUGACGGAAAGAUCGAGAAUUCUGGGAACAGAAAGACCAAAAUUCUUCUGCCACCCGAAUACUGGAGAACCGGGCCAACUGAUUCGGAUCAACCAGAGCUACGAGGAUUAUUGCCACUGUGAUGAAACCUCGGAGCCACGCUUCCGGGACGUCGCUUCCCAAACCAUGUAUCGCGAAUCGUCGGCGCAAACCAAACCGUGGAUGCCGAAUGCGGUGCUGAAAGAUGGCGAUUGGUCCAAAGCGGAAGUUGUUCACGUGACUGGGCUUAUUGAACAUUCCCACUAUCCCGGAAUCAAUGAGGUGGAAAUCGUUGAGCGGGCCCGGAAGAAGCGUAACUGGGAACACGCCAUGGGUGGUUGCGAGUCGCCCGAAGAUUGGCUUCAACAUCGAUUGACCCUGCAAAUUUUCGAAUGGGAAGAGUGGGUGGCCCGGGAGCGGCAGAUUGAUCGAUACCAAAUGAUACGGCUGCAACUGGUGUCGAAAAUAAUGGAUAAACGGGAGCGGGACCUGCGCCAGGCAACGGAAAGUAAAAUGCAAAACACCAAAAAUCGCAUCAAUGAACAGCGAAACCGGGCGAUAGAGAAAUUGCGCGUUAGCUACGAAAGGAACGUGCGAAAGUUGGACAAGAAACGGCAGGAUGCCAAGGCCAAUAAAUUCCGGUCGGCUUUGGCGAGACGGCUCGAGGAAGCACCCUUGGGCCCGGGAGGAAAGAAGGUUGGCAGCAAAAAGUCCUACAGCUACGAUCCGAAUCUGAUCGAAGUGGGACUUUCAAAAUUGGAUCGCAAGAUUACCAUCUGUCAUACGAUCAAAGAUGUCCAAAAGCAACGUCCAGAGCUGUGGAAACCCAAAGAAGUGUGCCGUGAGCUCCAAAAAGGCUUCUGGUCGGAUCAUUUCCUAAGAAAGCUAUACGAUUCACUCAAGCACUUCCGUCACAAGAAAGAAACUAAACCAACCAUGCCGAAGUGUCUCAUUGUGGUGUCCUCACCGACUGAAAGUUUGGUUGAUUCGCCGCAAAGAAUCAGCGAAGAUCGUGAGGACGAUGCUCUCUAUCAACACGCAGUUUUGCUGCAGAAACUGAUCAAAGGUCGGGCCAUGCAAGAAAUGAUCCACAGCGAUUACGCCGAAGAUCGAGACAUAGUAGAAGACCUCAUUGCGACACAUCGUCUGCCGGUGGUCGAAGAAUUCUUCCCCAUUGCACCGACUAAGUCAGGAAGUGUACGGGAGAAAUAUUUGAACAUUCUACGAAAUGAAACACACCUUGAUAAUUUUAUCGAAACGUGCACCACAUCGGAAAUGUCCCUGUUGAUGGCUACCCUUGAGAGAGAGCUAACUCGACUUCAGAACGAACGAAAUACACAAGCGUUCUAUCUCCUGGCAGAGCAAGAACGCUACUUCCGCGAGGCAAGCUAUAGCGGUGGCAGUGCUGCUCGUGACAGUCAUCGACGGUCAUCUGAUGGAAAAAUAAAAGACAGUGAUGAGUUGAGUUUCUAUCUGGUGAACUCACUCCUAGAAAGAAUAGAUCGAGAAAGCUUGGACGAAAACCGGGAAAAAAUACACGAACUGGCGAAAAAAUUUGACACUGAAGCCGACAAACAGGGAAGUUUACUCGAGGAACAACAUCAUCACACCGGAACCAUAGCUUCGUGUUUCAUGGACGAAAUGAUGCUACCCGACGUUUUCUGUAGGGUAGCCCGAGAAAACAUAAAGCUCAAACAAAAGCCACUUUUGGCGCAAGCCCACGAAGCCAUCUUCCAAAAGAUCGAGGAUCAACUGCCAGACAAUUUGGAAGAGCAGUUGAUCGAGAAAAUGAAAGAGGAGCUUGCGAUCAGCAACGAACCAGAGCAACCAGAGAAGCCGGAUGCAAUAGCGGAACCCGAUUUGGGUACCCGUAGCGAGAGUCAGGUCAUCAUCGGAAAUAUUCUGAGCAACAUGGUCGAAAGUGUCAUGUCCGAGAACGAGGUUGAGGAAAUACCAGAGGAUCACACCACGGAGGCGGAAGAUAGCGUGGAGGAAGCUGGCCAGAUGGCUUCGGAUCUGAUCGAAGAUAUUCUGUGCAAUGUCUUUCAAAAUACGGAUGAUUUGUGAGAUGGGACUUUGGUGGACGGUUUAAUUUAAAGCUUAUGACAGU